AUGUGCAAGGCCCUGGACCGCAUCUCCCAAUCGCCCUUCACGCGUAGGAUAGAGGGGGCUGAGCUUCCUCAGCGAUUCCACCAACCCGCUUUUGCUAUAUAUAAUGGUCGGACGGACCCAGUAAAGCACGUUAGCCAGUUCAACCAGAGGAUGGCCAUCCAUUCCAGGGACGAGGUGUUGAUGUACAAAGUGUUUUCGUCCAGCUUGGGACCCAUAGCGAUGAGAUGGUUUGAUGGCCUCAAGCCAAACUCCAUAAACUCUUUUAAGCAACUGACACAGGCUUUCAAUUCUCGCUUCAUAACUAGUAGCAGAGUCCCUCGGCCCCUAGAUUCCCUUCUAUCCUUGUCCAUGCGAGAAGGAGAGACCCUGAAGGCCUACUCAGACAGAUAUUGGGAAAUAUAUAAUGAGAUAGAGGGAAAUUACGAUAACGUCACCAUUAGCACAUUUAAGAGGGGCCUGCCGAUAGAGCAUGGUUUGAGAAAGUCCUUGACUGGGAAACCGGUCAAUAGCGUGCGCCAACUCAUGGACAGAAUCGACAAAUACAAGAGAGUUAAAGAAGACCAACAAACAGGGAAGGGCAAAGCGAAGGUUGUCCCUCAGGAGAGGAGGGACUUCAGGUCGGACUGGUUUAACAACAGUAAUCGGCCGAGAAGGGAUUACUCGGAGCAGUCUGGAUCCACAGGGGCACAGGCAGUCCAUGCUGUAUUCCGAGAACCAUUACACAAGAUCUUGGAGAAAGUGAAGAACGAAUCGUUCUUUCAAUGGCCGAGCAAGAUGGCAGGUGAUCCCGCGAAACGUAACCAGAAUCUGUAUUGCGCGUAUCACCAAGAGACAGGCCACGCCACCGAUGAUUGCAGAAAUUUGAAAAACCACUUGGACCGGCUGGUCCGAGAGGGGAAGUUGCGACAUUUGCUGCAUCACCCUGUCGGAUGGCAAAAGCAGUCGAACAUUAAAACGAGGCAAAGCACAUUGAGACCACUCGUUGGCACGAUACAAGUCCUUCCCGCCCCUAUCCUUUCAGAGUAA